AUGGCGGACACGGUGCAGACGGUGCUGGAGCGCAUGCUCCCGGAGCUCGACAGUCUCGAGAAGCAGGGCCUCUUUACGCGCGAGGAGAUUAAAGAGAUCGUGCGCCGCCGCACCGCCUUCGAGUACCGCCUCAGGCGCCGCGGAAGCGCGGCGAUUAAGGACGACUAUAUGCGGUACAUAGAGUACGAGAUGCAGCUCGAGGCGCUGCGCCAGCUGCGGAGGAGAGACCCGAAUCGCCGCCAGGCCUUCCGCCAGCGCGCGGACGGUGUGCUGCGGCGCAAGGGUAAGCAGGGCAGCCGCGAGUGGUACCGGCGGCAGCGCGCGGCGGAGCGCGCGAGUGACGUGGCAGUGAUCAAGCGCGUGCUCUUCAUCUUCUCGCGCGCGACGCGGCGGUUCAAGGGCGAUCUGGACCUCUGGAUGCGGUACCUCGACUUCUGCAAGGCGUCCGGCUCGAGGCAGCAGAUGCAAAAAGUAGGCAGGGGUCUAGGGCGGUGGAUCGGGGUUUUACGAGGGUUUUAA